GAUGAUGCCAACUUCAUCAACUUCUGCAAUGGUCAGACUCUGACCAACGGUGAGCAGAACCGUGACGGAUCUUGCAACGGCAUUCCCAUGGGCAAGAUCCCCUCGGCCAACAACAUGGUUUCCUCUGUCUUUACGACCCCCCAGAACGGUGACGAUAUCCAAGCGAAUCAGGACUUUGACAUCUCAGUCCAGAUGAUCAACUUUGCCCCUGGAUCCUUCACCAAUGCCACUUCUACCUACUAUGCGGCUCCUCAGGAUCUCGAUGGAGGUGGUAACAUCAUCGGUCACACACACAUCACUGUCCAAGAUACUGGCAACUCCCUGAACCCUACUACUCCCCUGGACCCUACGCAAUUCGCCUUCUUCAAGGGUGUCAACGAUGCCGGUAACGGCCAGGGCCUCUUGACAGCCAGUGUCGAUGGUGGUCUCCCAGCUGGUAACUACCGUAUCUGCACCAUGGCCUCCGCAUCCAACCAUCAGCCCGUCCUCAUGCCCGUUGCCCAGCGAGGUGCCCAAGAUGAUUGC